CGUUCUCCUUCUGCUGGUGUGACUGUUGCUCAGUGUGUUACAAAACAUGCAUUUGUUAAGUACAUUUACAUAAACACUGUUUUGUGGAAAGCGCGCGCUUUUUAAAAAGGUGAAUGUCACAUUGCGGAGUAACUUCUACUUUUGUUGUAUUUUGGGAUGAUUUUCGAUUGGAAAGCGGUAGACAAGUAUGUUGCAAAGUAUCAUACAGAUACAGUUGAAUUUUGUCCAAAUGCAUCAAUGAUGUUAUCCGGUAGUUAUGAAUUGAAUAGUGAAACACAAGAACGUCUUGGUGGUUUGUUAUUAUUCAGUCGAGCAUCAAACGAUAAUCAGUAUACUUUAUCGUGUACUGUCUCGUGUUCUGGUGUUUUAGACACAAGUUGGAUAAAUGAUAACACCUCAGUUAGUGCAUUAGCGAAUGGUUCAUCAAAAUUAUGGAAGUGUACUGAUCAAUUAUUACUAGUCGAGUUGGUCGAUUUCCAUGUGUCUCCUGACCACAUACUUCUCUCCGUCGAUUCAUGUUCUAAUCGAAUUUUUAUAUAGACUGGUUUUCAGUGAUUCCGGUGGAAAUAUCAAUUUAUGGCAAGUGGAUGUCUCGUCCUGCUCACAUCCACAGUUUAUUGCUAAAUGGCAUGCACAUGAAUUUGAAGCCUGGUGUACAUGUUUGAAUAAAUGGCAACAUGAAAUAGUCUUCACUGGUGGAGAUGAUUCCAAGUGUUGUAUAUGGGAUUUACGUGAAGGUUAUCAAAAGCCGUUGAAUACUAUCAGGCAAAAUAUGGGUGUAUGCAGUAUUCAGAAUCAUCCAGAUAUAGACUACUUAAUUUCUACUGGAAGCUAUGAUGAAACUUUAUGUAUAUGGGAUUUACGUAUGUUGACUAGUGGUAAAGACUUCUCUAAACCAAUAUACACAUUUCAUUUUGGUGGUGGUGUCUGGCGACAUAAAUGGGGUCCGCAUAACUGUAUUGCAGUUGCUGCAAUGCAUGCAGGAUUUGCUGUUACACACUGGUCUCAAUCAUCCUGCAACACUGAAGACAAGAAUCCUGUGUAUACAUUUCGUUUGACUGAUCAACAAUUGGCUUACGGUAUUGAUUGGUCAUUUGAUGGUUGCUCUAGCCUUGGUGAUGAUGAUAAUAAUUUAUUGAGUCCAAUAGUUGUUUCAUGUUCCUUUUAUGAUAAUACUAUAGAAUUUUGGAAAUUGACUAUAGAUUUGAAUCUGUGAUUUUCAUAUAUGUGUAUAUAUAUGUAUAUUAGCUGUACAGAAAAAGGAGAAUACAAUUGGACAUUUUUCUAUAUUAAUGGAUUAUUCUUCGUAUACCAAAGGGGAAUCAUGUAGAGAUCUGUACAAAGUUAUUUUUGGGUGUAAUUUCUUUCAUCCGGGGAACUGUUUUCGUUUUUGAUAUUUUCUGAUUACCUUUUUUGGAUAAAAAAUAUACUUGAUGUAUAAUCGGAU